AUGUGGUCGAACGUUCUUAUGGCGUCUGGAAAAGGGAGGUUUCCAGUUCUAUCAUUAGGGAUUCGUUUACAUAUUAGUAAAGUAGAAGCAAUUAUCAUAGCUACAGCUGUUUUACAUAAUAUUGCUAUCUUACAAAAAGAAGAUACACCACCAACCACACAAGAAAUCCAAAAACAAAUAAAUUUAAUGAACUCUGUAAACAUCAAUGUUAUAAAUGAAAAUGUAAACAAUCAUACAAAUGAUAGAACAAGAUCAACUAUUAUUCUGAGACACUUUGGUGGAAUGUGUUAA